AUGUCUAUCUAUCUAUCUAUCUAUCAAUCUAUCUAUCUAUCUAUCUAUCACAAUACGUUAUCUAUCUAUCUAUCUAUCUAUCUAUCUAUCUAUCUAUCUAUCUAUCACAAUACGUUAUCUAUCUAUCUAUCAUAUCAACCUGUCUGUUCAUAUCUAUCUAUCUAUCUAUCUAUCUAUCUAUCUAUCUAUCUAUCUAUCGUUUGUUCGUAUCUAUCACAGUUUGUUCCUAUCUAUCUAUCUAUCCAUCUAUCUAUCUAUCUAUCUAUCACAGUUUAUUCAUAUCUAUCACAGUUUGUUCCUAUCUAUCUAUCUAUCUAUCUAUCUAUCACUGUCUGUUCGUAUCUAUCUAUCCAUCUAUCUAUCACUAUCUAUGCCAAUUUGUUCAUAUGCAUCUCAUUAUGCUCAUAUCUAAGUAGCUAUCUGGCUAUCUAUCUAUCUAUCUAUCUAUCUAUCUAUCUAUCUAUCUGUCUGUCUAUCGUGUUUUUAGCUGUCAUCAGCAGAUUUUGCCCUAUGACCUAUGUCGUUCUCUCUGUCAGACAUCUGUUUCUUGGUCCAUUCUGA